AUGUCGAAAAACGGAAACACCGAUGCACGCACUGCCAUGUUGCAAGAAAAGGCUGACGACGUCCAGCGCGUUCUGGAUGAGCCGAUUGUCGACCUCUGGCUACUGCGCGAACUGGCCUUGACCGAAGGUGGUCUCGUCAAUGACGAGCUGCGCCAGCGCGCCUGGCCCAAAUUGGUCGGCCUCCAUGAACUCUGGGACGGAAGUGAUGAAACGCUUCCGACGCCAAAGUCCGACGACACCACUUUUGCAUUGUCAUCGCAGGCGAGUGCACAAAAUUCAAAGGAAUCAGCUCUUUCCUCCAAUGCUACCGAGGAUUCUUCUUCACCACGGUCCUCCAUGUUCCCCUUGUCAACUUCGGAGCCCCUCCAUCGAACAGCUGGUUCUCUAGGAAGCAACAAAACCAAAGAACGGGUGCCUAAAAUUGUUGCUCGUAGUCUGGAUAUGGAGCAAAUAUCGCUCGAUGUAACCCGAUGUACGUGGCAUCUCCUGACGGGUACACAACGUUCGCAAGCGUUCCAAAUGGAACACAAGCGACAUCGCAAGGUAGCUAGACAAAUCAAACGCAAACAGCGACGACUGGCUAACCUCAUCAAUCUGGCCCUGCAAAAGUCGUACGCCUUGCGUGAACGUGACAUUAACAGCAAAAGUCGGCUCCGGUAUUAUCAAGGUUACCAUGAUGUGGCCUGUAUUUUCUUAUCCGCAUUGGGAGGAAGCAGUGGAAUGCAAACGUCCAAGUUUGCAUCGGCGGUCAGUGGGACCGCGGCCUCCGUGGGUCUCGAUCUACCCGCGGCUGUGCUUCUGCAGGUUUCGCGGUCUCAUUUACGAGAUCCGAUGAAGAGCAGCUUUCGACAAUUGCAGACAUGUCUGUGCUUAACGUUCUUUCCACUCUUGGCCUUAUUUGAUCGUACGCUUCACGAUCAUUUAGUUGCCGGCGAAAUGACGGAGCCCACGUUUGCUCUGUCCUGGAUCAUUACCUGGUUUGCACACGAUGUACGGGACACGGAAUUGGUCAAACGACUUUUCGAUGCGUUCUUGGUCUCGCACCCACUUUUACCACUUUACGUCACCCUUGCCAUGCUGACGCACCAGCACAAUCGUGAAGAGAUUCUAAGUACGGAAUGUGAGUUUAGCUCGUUGCACCAAGUGCUGGCGGGCCUCCCGAAAAACAGCAGUGCCGUCGGUUGGAAAUAUCGACCCGGCGAUGGCUACGUCUCGGACGACGACUAUUAUGGCUCGGAUGACCACAGUGUAACAACGUGCACGACUGUGGAUACGGUAGACGGCGACGUGCUGGUCGAAGACUUGAAAAUGGUGGAUCUGGGCUACUUUGGGCUGAACGCCACGUCCGUUUCGAGUGGACCGAGCGCAUUGGUGGAAGUUUCAACCAGCUCCCAGGUUUCUUUCCAAACCUUGAUUGAUACUGCUGUGCGGUACAUGGACCGUGUUCCACCCUCGGAUCUGGUUUCUCUGGCGAAACGAUACUACGGUGCCGAGACAGUGAAUGAUUGGUUGACAUCCGAUUCGACCCCCGAAUCCGGUAUCUCUCUUCUGUCUGACACGCCAAGUUGGUCGAUUGAGCGGUACGCCAAGGCCGAUUGGUUGCUGAAACAAAAUUCCCGGGCACGACGGGGUGUCCGUGCUCGCAACCGCCGGGAUCGGCGCAAGGAUCAACAACGCGGCGUGUUGCUUACCACUACGCCGGGACGACGCACGGUUGACGUGGAUCCCACGACGGCAACGCCCGGGCAAUUUCUACAGCAAAACGCGGACCGGGUCGCCGUCAUUGCGGCGGGAUACGGUCUCGGAGACAUGGCGCGGCGCGCUCGUCGCCGCACCCGGGUGCGAUGGGUCCGAGGAGCGACCGUACUAGUACUCUGGGCCGUGCUGUAUGCGGGACUCACCAGGUAUCGUCGGAAGGCUCCCGUCGUGACCCUUACGGACUGUGACGUCCACGGAUCCGUGGCGGAAUUGUAG